UGUACUGGGCUGGAAAUGGCACAACCAAACUCCAAGGAACUGAUUUGUUUCUGUUUUGUGAACACCAGCCCCUCUGGGAUCACCUGCAGCUGCCAUAGUUGUAUUUUUAUUUCUCUCUUCCUUUCUUUAGCUGGUCUUCAGAAUGGAGGAGCCACUGUCAAUGGAGAUGUCUUUCAGGAGUCCAACGGCCCCACAGAUGCCUACGCAGCCAUAGCCAAGGCUGACCGACUGACCCAGGAACCUGAGAGCAUCCGCAAGUGGAGGGAGGAGCAGAAGAAGCGCCUGGAGGAACUGGAUGCGGCUUCGAAGGUGACUGAGCAGGAGUGGCGUGAGAAGGCCAAGAAGGACCUGGAGGAGUGGAACCUGCGUCAGAACGAGCAGAUGGAGAAGAACCGGGCAAACAACAGGAUCGCUGACAAAGCCUUUUACCAGCAGCCGGACGCCGAUGUGAUUGGCUAUGUGGCCUCGGAGGAAGCAUUCCUGAAGGAGUCCAAGGAGGAAACCCCGGGCUCUGAGUGGGAGAAGGUGGCCCAGCUCUGCGAUUUCAAUCCCAAGAGCAGCAAGCAGAGCAAGGAUGUCUCGCGGAUGCGCUCGGUGCUCAUCUCCCUCAAACAGACGCCCCUGUCCCGUUAGCUGCCGCCUGGCACAGCCGGGAGCGCAGCCGGGCAGAGCCAGGCUCACCGGCGGCGGCGUGGGGCCAGCCCGCGAGGGGCCUCACCCUGCCUGCCCCCUUCUCCCUGGUGUGUGCCUCGGCUGCGCUCGAGUCACUGGUUGUAACUCUCCCCAUGGUUUUCCUUUGCUUAAAAGGUGCAUCAGUCUCUUUUUACACUUAUUUAUUACUGUGGCAUUUCCCGGGAAGCGACACUGUGUGGCAGAGCUGAGUUAGGGGGUGGGGGGAGAGUCCCCGGCCUGGGCUCCGGGAGGUUGUGCCCAGGGGGCUUGCUGGGUGAGGGGGGGAACACACCACCCGCUGUUCCCCACCUCAUCCCUGUGCCUGGGGAUAAACUUGCCUGUGCCCAUCCUGACGCUGGGCGAGCGCAGGCACAGCAGCCCCGUGCCUGGGCCUGGGUCCUAGCCCCAAGGCAACAAUCCCAUUGGGACCACUGGCUCCAUCUGCCUUUCUGGCAGGGUUUAGAACGGAGCUGGCUGCAGGGCUGGGAGGGUGGAGGAACAGCCCUGACUCAGCUCUGCACUGCAAAGCCCUGCGGGGAACAUAGCUGCAGGGACUGAGGAAUGUGAGUGCAGGCAGCCAGGCUGGGCCGGGACUGCCAGCAGUUUCCCCAAGCCCAGCAGAACUCUCCCCAGUCUGGCUGCACACUCCAAAAAGGUGGCAAAGCCCUGAGCAGCAGUUGCAGUGUCUAUGUCCCAUCUGUCCUAUGGGGUUGGUGGCGCGGGGCACUGAGAAGCAGCCAUGGGGGGAGCAUGCAGGAUGUUUUCUGUCCCUCCCCCACAGCCACCAGCAGUUGGGAAUGUGGGAUGCCAGGCUUUGGGGCCCUUGGCUCUGCUCUGCUCCUUCCCCUGCUCCUAGGAUGGGAGAUGGAGGCUGUGUGCUUGCAGGGGAGCUAGUAGGAAGGUCCAGCUGCUGUGGGGCAGGUCGAGCCUUCAGCUCCCUAACCCAGGGGCCCAGAGCAGGAUUGGGCAGUUGUGAUGCUGGGGCUUGUGCUGUCCCUGGACAGCAAGCCCCACAUCUCUCUGCAGCUGCUCUGUGGCUUCUCUCUGCAUCCCCCUGGAUUUGCACACCUAAGACAGCGUGGCAAGUUGCCUCAGUCCUGCUCUCUGUCCCGCAAGGUACACGCUUUCCUGCCCACACACCAGCUUUUCUCUUUUGCUUGGUGGGGCCGGCACCAGCCCCUCUGGCUCAGAGGCCCAGCUUUUUAAACCUGCAAAUCUUCCAGCCUGCAGGAGAGGGGUCUGCGCACACCCUGUCCUGGAGCUUGUGCCCCCGGUCUGGCCCAUUGGGAGCUUGGGAAGGGCUUGUGGCAGUGGGCUGGGGGCACAUGGAGCAAAGCCCACAAAAUGUAUGCUUGGGCCUCACUGCAGAACCCUGCUCUGAUAAAGCAUGUACGCAGAGCUCUCCUGGCCUGCAGCUAUGGCUCCACAAAGGUCGUCUGCCCUCCUGCUGCUGCCCUCGUGGGGCGGCCGGGCUCCCCUGGCUCUGGGGCAGAGGCUCAGCAGUGGGAUGGAACGAGAAGCGGGUGUGUAGGGAGUCACUUGGUGUUGUGUGCUGGGAUUGUGCCCCUUUGUCUCUAGGGCUGAUCACUCCUACUCUGUCCUCCUGCGCUCCAGCAUGCGUAGGCAGCUCUGCCACGGCACGGGGUGGACGCCGACGCAGGAUACCUUGGACUGGGCUGCCUGCCUCUGCCUUUCACUGCACAGCAGCAGGAAGCACCUCUGGCUGCUUUCUGGGGGGCAGGAGCCCCCCUGCGCUCUGUGCCUCCAGCCCCCACAGGCAGGCGGGCUCCUGGGUCCCCCAGCUGCUGUCGCACCCCGUGUCAGGCAGGGGCAGCCAGCUCCCGGGGAGCCGUGCCCACAGCUGUUCUACAUCCCCUCGGCUUUGGUAUCUGUGACUGUUCAAAUUACCUGUUAAAAUAAACCACAUCUCCAAUC